AUGCACUACUCGACUACGACUCUGUUAGCUUUACUAGCUAGUACUACUUAUGCGGCUGUGGGAGAUUGGCAACAAUGCGGUGGUAUGAGCUGGUCGGGUGAGACAGCAUGUGGUUCUGGUGCAGGCUGUGUCAAGAUCAAUGACUACUAUUCUCAAUGCCAACCUGGUGCAGCCCCAGCACCUUCAUCCGUACCACAACCCGAACCUGUGCCAGAACCAACCCCUACAACAUUCACAACAGUCUCUCCUGGUGCGCCCACUGCCAGCAGCGUCCCGGCAGGCACCGGACCGGGCACGACACUUCAAAGCGGCUACUAUUGGAUCCGCGCAGUCGCAGCACCCAACUUCCACAAAUACUUCCAAACCAAGCCCCUUUACUCGACUGGUCCAGCCCUCCUAGGCGACUACACGACAGCUGGUCAGUUUCAGGUUGUCGACGGCCAGCUAGUCCAACUAGUCUCCGCUCCUGGCGCGCCCGUCAAGCUUCUCUACGCUGUGGUAUCCGAGGAGCGCUCAAUCAACGGCAUGUCUCUUGCUGUUAGCUUCUCGGCGAGCAAGAACACGUACGGCACGUUUGCGUGGGGCGGAGACGAUCUUCAGUGGAGUGUCGCUGGUGUCAAUCGCCCGAAUAAGAGUGCGUGGUAUGUGUGUACUGGGCAGAAAUUGUACAUCAAUUUGGGCAAUUAUUUGUAUCAGACACCGAGUGGGUGUGCUGAUCAGACUGUACAUUACUACAACGAUAAAACGGCGAACAACUAG